AUGUCCGUGGCAGACUUGAUCGAAGCAUACGCUCUAGGUGAUAUGCUGAUGGACGUUGAUUUCAAGGACGCAGUGACAGAUGCCAUGAUUGCUGGCAGCUUGACACCCGACAACGAGGUAUACUAUGUUCCGGCUACCAGCGACAGAAUCAAGCUGUAUGACAAAACAGCACCAGGCGCGAAGAUUCGCCAAGCACUUGUCCAUCUCAUGGCCACGAAAGGUGCCACCCGCCUGGUCGAAGAGCAAGAUCACCCGGCCUUCUUGGUUGACGUUGCAAAAAAGCUAGGGGAGGAGCUAAAGGGAGGGAAAGACGAAAGCGUCCUAGUCGCCACGGCCAAGUGCAAAUAUCACGAGCACAAGGAAGGUGACGAGAAUUGCUACCGCACCAAAUACGCCAAGGCCACAUUUCUGGGUUAG